AUGUCAAGCAAUAUAAUACUCCUAAGCUUUUCACUAAAUUAGGAGAAGAAGAAAGAUAUGAUGAUAUAUUCCCAUUUUAUGUUCAAUUUGUUCUGGAUAUUGUUCCUUCUUGUUAAAACAAAUGGGAUCCAACUCAUACUAGUGAACAACUGCAAUGAGAGCAUUUGGCCAGGAAUUCUUGGAGGAGCAGGGCAACAUACCCCGAAAGACGGAGGCUUCCACCUGAGCAGCGCAGAGGAGGCGGUGGUGGAAGUGCCGGAGAAGUGGUCGGGGAGGAUAUGGGGGCGCCAGAACUGCGUCUUUGACAAUGAGGGGAAAGGCUCUUGCCACACCGGCGACUGCAACGGCCAGUUGCACUGCCAGGGGACGGGCGGCGUGCCGCCAGCCACGGUGGUGGAAAUGACCCUCGGCACCUCCUCAUCUCCCCUGCACUUCUACGACGUCAGCCUAGUGGACGGGUUCAACUUGCCGGUCUCGAUGAAGCCGGUCGGGGGAGGGGUGGGGUGCGGGGUGGCUUCGUGUGAGGUUGAUCUCAACAUAUGCUGCCCAUCCGCACUAGAAGUGCGGGUGGGAGGGAAAGUGGUGGGGUGCAAGAGUGCCUGCCUGGCAAUGCAGUCGCCCAAGUACUGCUGCACCGGGCAGUACUCAAACCCCAACACCUGCAAGCCCACGCUCUUUGCCCACCUGUUCAAGGCCAUCUGCCCCAGAGCUUAUAGCUACGCAUUUGAUGAUUCCAUUAGUCUCAACAAAUGUAGGGCUUCUAGAUAUUUGAUCGUCUUUUGUCCUCCCUCAUGAGCCAGGGACUGGGAAUUCAUUGUAGUUCUCAGAUGGGAGCUUCUUUUUUUUAAUCACUUGUUAUAUGUAAGCAUGUACUCCAUUCACUGUCUGUACGUCAU